GGCGAUGGCCGGCGGCGGGCGCGCCCCGGGGCAGCCCGGCUGAGGCUCCCGGCCCCGUGAAGCGCAUCCCUGCAGGACCUGAGCGCCGCAGCCCGAGGCCGCAGCCCGUCAUGCUGCUGCCGCAUCUGAGCCCACGGGCGCUGCUGCCGCCACUGCUUUUGCUGCUGCUGCUGCUGGGGGCCGCGCCGCGGGCGGGUGGGGGUCCACAGCCCCCUUUCCGCACCUUCACGGCCAGUGACUGGGCCCUCACCCACCUGGUGGUCCACGAGCAGACGGGCGAGGUGUACGUGGGCGCUGUGAACCGCAUCUACAAGCUGUCGGGGAACCUGACGCUGCUGCGGGCGCACGUGACGGGCCCCGUGGAGGACAAUGAGAAGUGCUACCCACCACCCAGCGUGCAGUCCUGCCCGCACGGCUUGGGCAGCACCGACAACGUCAAUAAGCUGCUGCUGCUGGACCAGGCCGCCAACCGCCUGCUGGCCUGUGGCAGCGCCUCGCAGGGCAUCUGCCAGUUCCUGCGGCUGGACGACCUCUUCAAGCUGGGCGAGCCCCACCACCGCAAGGAGCACUACCUGUCGGGCGUGCGCGAGGCGGGCAGCAUGGCGGGCGUGCUGAUCGCCGGGCCUCCUGGCCAGGCGCAGGCCAAGCUCUUCGUGGGCACGCCCAUCGACGGCAAGUCCGAGUACUUCCCCACGCUGUCCAGCCGCCGGCUCAUGGCCAACGAGGAGGAUGCCGAGAUGUUCGGUUUCGUGUACCAGGACGAGUUCGUGUCCUCGCAGCUGAAGAUCCCCUCGGACACGCUGUCCAAGUUCCCGGCCUUUGACAUCUACUACGUGUACAGCUUCCGCAGCGAGCACUUCGUCUACUACCUCACCCUGCAGCUAGACACGCAGCUGACCUCGCCCGACGCCGCCGGCGAGCACUUCUUCACGUCCAAGAUCGUGCGGCUGUGCGUGGACGACCCCAAGUUCUACUCCUACGUCGAGUUCCCCAUCGGCUGUGAGCAGGCGGGCGUGGAGUACCGCCUGGUGCAGGACGCCUACCUGAGUCGGCCUGGCCGCGCCCUGGCCCGCCAGCUGGGCCUGGCCGAGGACGAGGAGGUGCUGUUCACCGUGUUUGCCCAGGGCCAGAAGAACCGCGUGAAGCCGCCCCGGGAGUCGGUGCUGUGCCUCUUCACCCUCAGGGCCAUCAAGGAGAAGAUCAAGGAGCGCAUCCAGUCGUGCUACCGCGGCGAGGGCAAGCUCUCGCUGCCCUGGCUGCUGAACAAGGAGCUGGGGUGCAUCAACUCGCCUCUCCAGAUCGACGACGACUUCUGCGGGCAGGACUUCAACCAGCCGCUGGGCGGCACGGUCACCAUCGAGGGGACGCCCCUGUUCGUGGACAAGGACGACGGCCUGACCGCUGUGGCCGCCUACGACUACCGGGGCCGCACCGUGGUGUUCGUGGGCACACGCAGCGGCCGCAUCCGCAAGAUCCUGGUGGACCUGGCGAACCCCGGCGGCCGGCCGGCCCUGGCCUACGAGAGCGUGGUGGCCCAAGAGGGCAGCCCCAUCCUGCGUGACCUGGUCCUCAGCCCCGACCGCCAGUACCUGUACGCCAUGACGGAAAAGCAGGUGACUCGGGUGCCCGUGGAGAGCUGUGUGCAGUACACGUCGUGUGAGCUGUGCCUGGGGUCACGGGACCCCCACUGCGGCUGGUGUGUCCUGCACAGCACCUGCUCCCGCCGGGACGCCUGCGAGCGGGCGGCCGAGCCCCAGCGCUUCGCCGCGGACCUGCUGCAGUGCGUACAGCUGACCGUGCAGCCCCGCAACGUGUCCGUGACCACGUCUCAGGUUCCGCUCGUGCUGCAGGCCUGGAAUGUGCCCGACCUCUCGGCCGGCGUCAACUGCUCCUUCGAGGACUUCACGGAGUCCGAGGGCGUCCUGGAGGAUGGCCGGAUUCACUGCCGCUCCCCCUCUGCGCGGGAGGUGGCGCCCAUCACGCGGGGCCAAGGAGACCAGCGGGUGGUCAAGCUCUACCUGAAGUCCAAGGAGACGGGCAAGAAGUUUGCGUCCGUGGACUUCGUCUUCUACAACUGCAGCGUCCACCAGUCCUGCCUGUCCUGCGUCAGCGGCUCCUUCCCCUGCCACUGGUGCAAGUACCGCCACGUGUGCACACACAACGCUGCCGACUGUGCCUUCCUGGAGGGCCGCGUCAACGUGUCCGAGGACUGCCCGCAGAUCCUGCCCUCCACCCAGAUCUACGUGCCGGUGGGUGUGGUGAAGCCCAUCACCCUGGCCGCCCGGAACCUGCCGCAGCCGCAGUCGGGCCAGCGGGGCUAUGAGUGCCUGUUCCACCUCCCGGGGGGCCCGGCCCGCGUUGCCGCCCUGCGCUUCAACAGCUCCAGCCUGCAGUGCCAGAACUCCUCGUACUCCUACGAGGGCAACGACGUCAGUGACCUGCCCGUGAACCUGUCCGUGGUGUGGAACGGCCACUUCGUCAUCGACAACCCGCAGAACAUCCAGGGUAAGCUGGGCGGGGCGGCUGGGUGGGGCGGCUGGGGGGCGGGGCCGAGGGUGGCCGCUGACGCCCACCCCCUCCCUGCAGCCCACCUGUACAAGUGCCCGGCCCUGCGGGAGAGCUGCGGUCUCUGCCUCAAGGCCGACCCUCGCUUCGAGUGCGGCUGGUGCGUGGCCGAGCGCCGCUGUUCCCUGCGCCCCCACUGCCCCGCGGACUCGCCCGCUGCCUGGAUGCACGCCCGCCACGGCAGCAGCCGCUGCGCCGACCCCAAGGUCCUCAAGCUGUCCCCUGAGACGGGCCCGCGGCAGGGAGGCACGCGGCUCACCAUCACGGGCGAGAACCUGGGGCUGCGCUUUGAGGACGUGCGGUUGGGCGUGCGCGUGGGCAAGGUGCUGUGCAGCCCCGUGGAGAGCGAGUACAUCAGCGCUGAGCAGAUCGUCUGCGAGAUCGGGGACGCCAGCGCGGUACGGGCCCACGACGCCCUGGUGGAGGUGUGCGUGCGGGACUGCUCCCCCCACUACCGCGCCCUGUCGCCCAAGCGCUUCACCUUUGUGACGCCGACCUUCUACCGAGUGAGUCCUGCCCGAGGGCCCCUUUCGGGGGGCACCUGGAUCGGCAUCGAGGGUAGCCACCUGAAUGCAGGCAGCGACGUGGCUGUGUCUGUCGGCGGCCGGCCCUGCUCCUUCUCCUGGAGGAAUUCCCGGGAGAUCCGAUGCCUGACGCCCCCCGGGCAGAGCCCUGGCAGUGCCCCCAUCGUCAUCAACAUCAACCGCGCUCAGCUCACCAAUCCCGAGGUCAAAUACAACUACACCGAGGACCCCACCAUCCUGAGGAUUGACCCCGAGUGGAGCAUCAACAGCGGAGGGACCCUCCUAACGGUCACGGGCACCAACCUGGCCACCGUCCGCGAACCCCGCAUCCGGGCCAAGUACGGAGGCGUCGAGAGGGAGAACAGCUGCCUAGUGUACAACGACACCACCAUGGUGUGCCGGGCCCCGUCGGUGGACAACCCUGCCCGCAGCCCGCCCGAGCUGGGCGAGCGGCCCGACGAGCUGGGCUUUGUCAUGGACGACGUCCGGGCCUUGCUGGUGCUCAACGCCUCGACCUUCGUCUACUACCCGGACCCCGUGCUGGAGCCGCUCAGCCCCACCGGCCUCCUGGAGCUGAAGCCCGGCUCGCCCCUCAUCCUCAAGGGCCGCAACCUCCUGCCGCCGGCGCCCGGCAACUCUCGGCUCAACUACACGGUGCUCGUCGGCUCCACGCCCUGCGCCCUCACCGUGUCGGAGACGCAGCUGCUCUGCGAGUCGCCCAACCUCACCGGGCAGCACAAGGUCACGGUCCGGGCCGGCGGCUUCGAGUUCUCGCCGGGGGUGCUGCAGGUGUACUCGGACAGCCUGCUGACGCUGCCCGCCAUCGUGGGCAUCGGCGGGGGCGGGGGCCUCCUGCUGCUGGUCAUCGUGGCCGUGCUCAUCGCCUACAAGCGCAAGUCGCGGGACGCCGACCGCACCCUCAAGCGCCUGCAGCUCCAGAUGGACAACCUGGAGUCCCGCGUGGCCCUCGAGUGCAAGGAAGCCUUUGCGGAGCUGCAGACGGACAUCCACGAGCUGACCAACGACCUGGACGGUGCCGGCAUCCCGUUCCUUGACUACCGCACGUACGCCAUGCGGGUCCUCUUCCCCGGCAUCGAGGACCACCCGGUGCUCAAGGAGAUGGAGGUGCAGGCUAACGUGGAGAAGUCGCUGACACUGUUCGGGCAGCUGCUGACCAAGAAGCACUUCCUGCUGACCUUCAUCCGUACGCUGGAGGCCCAGCGCAGCUUCUCCAUGCGGGACCGCGGCAACGUGGCCUCGCUCGUCAUGACAGCCCUGCAGGGCGAGAUGGAGUACGCCACGGGCGUGCUCAAGCAGCUGCUGUCCGACCUCAUCGAGAAGAACCUGGAAAGCAAGAACCACCCGAAGCUGCUGCUGCGGCGGACUGAGUCGGUGGCAGAGAAGAUGCUGACCAACUGGUUCACCUUCCUUCUGUACAAAUUCCUCAAGGAGUGCGCCGGAGAGCCGCUCUUCAUGCUCUACUGCGCCAUCAAGCAGCAGAUGGAGAAGGGCCCCAUCGACGCCAUCACGGGCGAGGCGCGCUACUCCCUGAGCGAGGACAAGCUCAUCCGCCAGCAGAUCGACUACAAGACGCUGACCCUGAACUGCGUGAACCCUGAGAACGAGAACGCGCCCGAGGUGCCGGUGAAGGGGCUGAACUGCGACACGGUGACGCAGGUCAAGGAGAAGCUGCUGGACGCCGUGUACAAGGGCGUGCCCUACUCCCAGCGGCCCAAGGCCGGGGACAUGGACCUGGAGUGGCGCCAGGGCCGCAUGGCCCGCAUCAUCCUGCAGGAUGAGGACGUCACCACCAAGAUCGAUAACGACUGGAAGAGGCUGAACACGCUGGCGCACUACCAGGUGACGGAUGGGUCCUUGGUGGCCCUGGUGCCCAAGCAGACGUCCGCCUACAAUAUCUCCAACUCGUCCACCUUCACCAAGUCCCUCAGCAGAUACGAGAGCAUGCUGCGCACCGCCAGCAGCCCCGACAGCCUGCGCUCGCGCACGCCCAUGAUCACGCCCGACCUGGAGAGCGGCACCAAGCUGUGGCACCUGGUCAAGAACCACGACCACCUGGACCAGCGCGAGGGCGACCGCGGCAGCAAGAUGGUUUCCGAGAUCUACCUGACGCGGCUGCUGGCCACCAAGGGCACGCUGCAGAAGUUCGUGGACGACCUCUUCGAGACCAUCUUCAGCACGGCGCACCGGGGCUCGGCCUUGCCACUGGCCAUCAAGUACAUGUUCGACUUCCUGGACGAGCAGGCCGACCAGCACCAGAUCCACGACGCAGACGUGCGCCACACCUGGAAGAGCAACUGCCUGCCCCUGCGCUUCUGGGUGAACGUGAUCAAGAACCCGCAGUUCGUAUUCGACAUCCACAAGAGCAGCAUCACGGACGCCUGCCUGUCGGUGGUGGCCCAGACCUUCAUGGACUCCUGCUCCACAUCUGAGCACAAGCUGGGCAAGGACUCGCCUUCCAACAAGCUGCUCUACGCCAAGGACAUCCCCAACUACAAGAGCUGGGUGGAGAGGUACUACGCAGACAUCGCCAAGAUGCCCGCCAUCAGCGACCAGGACAUGAGCGCGUACCUGGCUGAGCAGUCGCGGCUGCACCUGAGCCAGUUCAACAGCAUGAGCGCCCUGCACGAGAUCUACUCCUACAUCAGCAAGUACAAAGAUGAGAUCCUGACGGCCCUGGAGAAGGACGAGCAGGCACGGCGGCAGCGGCUCCGGAGCAAGUUGGAGCAGGUGGUGGACACCAUGGCCCUGAGCAGCUGAGCCGUCGCCCACGGCUGCCUGGCCAGCAGGAGAGUGAGAGGGCCCUCGGGGGCGGUCCCUGUGCAGCGGCCAGAGCUGGGAGGUCCACGGAGGCAGCCUCGCCCCAGCCAUGCCAGGUGCCCUGCGCCGCGGGCCGGGUGUGCAGUCCUGGUCCCCCUCGCCGCCCCUGUCCCCUUCCCGCCUGCGGGGGUCCCGGCUCUUCAUUGGUGUGGGUGAGAUGGUGCCUGCAGCACCCUCCACGCCCAGAGCUGCUCGCCGUGGGGCUGGGGAGCCCAGGUGUGGCUGGGGGCCUUCUCAGGACAGUGGGUGACUGCUGAGGCCCCCGGGGUGAGGCAGGAGUCCUCCUGUAGGGAGAGGUUGGGCUGCCGAGGCCAGGAGGGCCAGGCCCAGGGGCUGGGAGGGGGUCAGCUGUGCCCGGCUCCCUAGGCAGAGUCUGAGGGCUGGGGCGUGGCUGGCGGCUGGGCGGGGAGACUGAAUGCUCAGGGCCCAGCCACGGUGAGCUGAAGUCGGUCCAGGCGUCACCACCCACCUGCCACGUGCCAGCAACCCUACACUCACCAGUGCACCGCCGCUGCCAUCCUCCGAUUCACCGCGUGCUCUCCGCGGCCGAGGCCAGAGCGCCACGUCGACCUCGCCCAGAGAGAGGCCCCCGGCUCCCUCCCAUGGAGGGGCUGCAGGACGGCUCCACGCAGGGCCCAAGUGACUUCCAGAAGGACUCGGAUCCCAUUCCGUCCUCAGGGCUGUGCCUCUGGGAGCCGCUGGGGCCUGGGGCUCCGGGUCAUGCGUGCACGUUCCCCUUAUUUAUUCCCCCCACCGCGCCCGCCCCCAUCCCGGGCUGAGCUCUCGGCUGUGGAGGUCCCGGGAGCAGCCCCGAGCACCCUCCUCCCCCCUCCCUGGCCCCGACCCGCCUUCCAGCGGCGUCAGUCUGGCCCCUCAGCAGCGUGCUGGCCCCUCGGAGCGGGGGGACAUCUGGGGGCUGUUGCUCGUCUUUUAGGGGAGCAAGGGGGUCCUACUGUGCUCUGCUUGGGCAGCGGGGCCGUGGGGGCCUCGGACCACACCCACUGGCCUGGCCAGGAGCAGGACGCGGUGACCAGGGGGCCUACAGAGCCGGUCUGCCCGUCCUGCUCUCAGCGAGCAAAAGAACACGUUUUUAAUUAAAAAAUCUGUACAUAUAUAUCCAUAUAUAUAUAUAUAUAUAUAUAUAUAUGUGGCUCUAGCCUGUCUCCAGCCCCAGUGGGGUCCUGUACAGUUACCCGGAGGAGGAGGAAUUUUACACUUUAGAAUAAGAGAAUUAAGGUAGCGGGAAAGCAAUACCAAAUGGUCGUGGAGAAAGUGGCCAGAGCUUCCCCGCUGGAGCACCCCCGAGGCCUCCGCCCUCGACCUGCAGGUCGUCCUGUUUUCGUUUUGACGUGAGAAGGAGAGGACUUCUCGGGCCGAGAGCUUCCCGGACGCGGGCCGUGGAUUCCUGCAUGACUGUGCUAGCGUUUAGUCUGACUUGAUCUUUUUAAAACUGCAAGUGUUGAAUACUAGAGGUUGUUAGGCCUUUUUUUCAUGUUUUUUAAUUAAUCAGUCACUUGUGAAGGCAGUGGCCUGUCCCCUUUUCAAUUCACUUUUUCGACGUUACUACAGAUUCCCGCGGACUUUCAGGGACAGCUAGCUGUGGCCGGCCCCGCGCCCCCGGCCGCCCGUCUUGGGUCCCCCCCAAGCAGCGUGAGCCAGACCGCACACCACCAUCAGCCAAGGAGCUGCUCCCUCGCGGGAGGAGGGGUGAAACCCGCCACCUCCUGACUCAGGGAGCUCCUGGAACCGGGGUGAAGGGGUCCCUGGGCCCCGUGGGCACUGAGCAAGGCUCGGGCCCCCCACGCGGUGGGUGUCCAGCAGGAGCUCAGGCCGGGCGGGCGCCGGCCGGGGCCGGGUUCCGUCCGGGUUCCGUCCGGGUGCGGGUCUCGCUCCCCCCGAGUCUUCCCUGAAGCUGCUUCUGAUCGAAGCCCCCGUUCUUCCAGCCCCGCUCGGGUCAGGGGGCUCCUCGGCCGCUGCGCCGCCGUCUUCAGAAUCCAGUCCCAGCCCCCGUUCCUCGGGCCUCCCCGGCCCCGUGCUUGCCCCGCGGGCGGCGGGCUGGGCGGUGGUGACGCAGGAGGGGAGCCGGCCCUGCAGGCGCGAGGCCUCGUGGAGCGCGUGCGUGGGUCAGGUGCAAGCACUUUAGCGCCGUCUGUUUACACACGAGCCGAUCGCUGACCUACGCCUGCAGUCCAGUCCGCAGCACGGCCGCCCCUUCCUCUCCCGGGGCUGGAGUCAGGCCAAGUCCUCCUCCUCACUCGUCUCCACGGUCCUGCUGGCCCUACUGCGCCUUCGGCACUGGGCCCAGGCGCCCGCCGUCACCUCCCCGUCCUCCUGCCGGGCACUCGGACCCCAAGCUCCGGCUCUGGCCUGAGGGUGGCCGGAGUGUGGUGUGGGAGCGCUGCUCCGCGCAGGUGGGCGGCCCCCAAGGCCCCUCUGCAGCCCCAGGGCCGGGGGUCUGGGCCGUGGUGUGGGGCGGUGUGCCGGGAUGCCUGCCGCCCCGGGCCCCCUCCCGCCCUCGCCCGCACGCGUCUCAGGAGCGCCAGGGACGGCUCGGCCUCGGUCGGGAGGCUGGCGUCUCUAUAUACCUCGAGCUUGCCCGCACUCCCCGACCCGGGCCCCAGGCCCACGGGAGAGGUCCCCCCGCCCUCCCCGCUUUGCCCCUGCUGAGCAAGCCCCGCCAGUGCUGGAGCUGAGGGCUCACGCCGUUGGUGCUACACAAGCUAGAAUAGAUAUAUUUAGAGAGAGAGAUAUUUUUAAGAUGAAGCCCACGAUUAGCUGUCCUUUGACGCCGCAAACCCCCACCCAAAAGAAGAGCGAUCGCUCGGCAGCCUGAGCGGCCCCUCUGCCGCCGCCUCUCCCGGGGGCGGUGUGGCUCGCAGGCUGUGUAAAUACACGGCCAUUUCCUAUUUUACUGUCUCAGAUUUAGUACUUGUAAAUACACACACAUUAAGGAGAGAAUAAACAUUUUUGCUAAAA